CCGAUUAUCAAGCUCUACAGCAUCCACAGUGACGCAUAGAAAAAAAAACGCCUUACUCCUCUUCCUCUUGUUCUUCUUCCGAUCCAUCGCACAACUAUUACUGUACUUCCAACUACAAACCACCCCCGACUAUUACCUACUACUACAUAACAAACUUAUCCCCUACUGCGAUGCACAUCCUUUCGUUUUCUCGCUCUCUCUACCACUCUUACUUGGUUUUUACAUAUGCCAACCCUUUUCUCUGAUUUUUUUUUCUUUGUAGUAGUCAUAAAAUAUGUUUAUGUUGCUGGUAAUCAACCCAGAAGUAGCUAUACCUUGGAAAACUGUAUCCAGCAGUGUUUCACAUGGCGGUCGUGCCUUAUCACUCUAGUAGAUCGACAAUAUGCAUUGUGCUUAUUCUCUAUCUCUCCCUAGGUUUCUCGUGUAAUAAAGCAGCGAUAAAUUUAAAUGCAUGGUCAUUGAGCGCAUAUCGUCAUCAGUUUUGUAAAGAGCGAUUCUCCCGGUCUCUCUCCAUCCACUCCUUCCCUUCUUUCCGGUCUUCUAUCUCAUGUAAUGGAUUCAGGGACAGAGCGAGAGGAGAUUUACAUAGAGUGGGAUGUACAUUUGGAAUCCUAAAUUGAAAAGGGAUUAAUUUCAACCAUGAUUUCAACCAUAUACGAUUACGGAACAGCAGCAGCGCAAAAGGCUGCAAUUGCUGUUUU